CCUCAAUUUUAAAAUCCGUAAACGCAAUUCGUAGAGAUAAACGAAUCCCUGAUCGGUGAUGAAGGUUAGAGCGGGAUAAGGGGGGGGGGUAUUUAGAGGCCAGGAUUUGGAUAAUAUUAUUUCCUUUUAUUCUUCCAUACAGUUUUGAUAUCGUUCUAACAUUAGUCAGCUUAUUACCUUAAAAUAAAAAAAAAUAUUAAGUUGUUCUAUGCAAGAAAUAUUAUCCAAAAAGUAUUGGAAUAUGCAAGAAGUUCUAGUUCAAUAUGAUGUCGCCCCGCCUACAAAGAACGACGAUGGGCAAAUUGAAGGUGGAUAUUGUGUUGGAAGCACUGAGGAGUUUAAGGCACCUGAUGCCGAGCAUUUCUGCGAGUUGGGAACGAAAUAUUCUGUUAGUGAACAAGAACAAGAAGAGAGAAAUGUUCGCGAAUAUAUUCGAAGUGAAAAAGAUAUUGUUCAGUCGAUGAUGAAAGGUCGUGAAGCUACUGAAACCGAAGAUACUUCUUUAAAUAAAGAAAAAGGACAAGAAGACGAUCAACAUAAUAAUGAGCGUCGUCCUAUUGCUAUCGUUCCGCCAACUUUUAAGAGAUCUGAAAAGACGUUGACGAUUAAGGAUGAUACUUAUGACAAUGUUCCUUCUACUUCUAACUCGUUUUGUUCUGAAAAUUAUGGUUAUCGUGUUGAUGACCCAACACAACCUCCACCUUAUACAGUUGCUGAUUAUCUUCAAAAUAUUAUUUUUUCUUGCCGUGAUAAUGAAAAGGAAAGAGCUGAAAGAGUUAAAAAUGAAAUUGAUGCUUAUGCAAGAGAACAAAAGGGAAAGGACUAUUUUAGUGAACAUGAUAAAGAAGCAAGGAAUUCUCGUUCUAAAAGAUACUUUCCAGAUGAUAAAUUGGCAGAUUUAAUUAAAGUUAACAAAUUGGAAGAACUUCUACAGCAAGAGGGUGCUGUUGAUGCUACGAAAUCUGUUUCUGGUUCUUCAAUGGUUUGUCAUCCCGGUGGUCAUGUAAUACUUGGAGGUGAACAAGAAUAUGAUGUUGAAGAUGAUGAAUGUUGUUAUCAAGAUGAGGAAAUAAAAAUUGGGGAUGAGGCCGAACAGAACCAUCUUUCUUGUGGGCCAGAUGAUGAUCCAAUGUUAUUGUCUUCAUCGUUACCUAGCACUCCAAUGAUUUCUCCAGUAAUUUCUGAUGCAAGUGGAGAUGAUAAUGCAAUGGAUCCUAGGGCUGAUGCAGAUGGUGCCAAAACAAAGGAGAAAUUAAUGCGGGUUAAAAUGUUUUUAAAUCGAGAUGGUCCGUAA